AUGCUCCAUUCUACCCUUGACAAGUACAACAAUGCUGCGACCUCAAUGAUCCCCCCAAAGCCAUCCCUCACUUGGGAUGAUGUCACCCACCCUGAUUUCCUGAGUAUGGUCGAGCUCUUACAAGGCCGUGAUGAUAUUCACUCGCAUGAAUGGGCACAGGAGCACUUCCGUGCAGCAACCCAAGCCUGGGUCAAGCUCCAACGUGCAAAGGAAGAGCUUCUUGAGGAGACCAUCGAGGUUGUAACCGCCAGCAACCCCAUUCUUGCAUCGUACAUCUCGAUGACAUUCAAGUGGCACAUGAAAGCAAACUCCCAUCUACGCAAGAAAUUGGCCCGCCUAGAAUCCCAUCCUAGCUACCUAUCCCCAUGCGGACCUGGGGUUUCCAUCCAUUCUGUCCCAGGUGCCUCUGACGCCACUCAACAAUCCAGCAGUGUCGAACCUGACUUACUUCCUACAAUGGAGACAGCAGAUAAGCAGCCCCUCGGUGACAAGGACAGUGAUGAUGACGGUAUUGCUGAGGAAGAGGAUGAAGAGCAGUUAGAAUUUACCAUGGAUAAACUAGUUGACUUGUUUCAUAGCAUACUGUAA